CUUACUCUGGCGGUCACAGCUGGGGAAGGAAGCCACCUUGUGCAAGUUUAAGAUCCUCCUAAGACCACGAUGUCACUGCUGCUGUUUCUGUUGUCCUUGGUGUUGGAAGGGUCUCAAGGUCAGAACAGAGACUACUUGCUCCUGGUGAAGAGGACUGUGAAGGUCCAGGAGGGUCUGUGUGUUGUCGUGUCCUGCUCUUUCUUCUCCCCUGAGAGACGCUGGCAUGGCACUGCCCCAGCGUAUGGCUACUGGUUCAAAGUCACCGGAAGUUCAUCAUCUAAAUUUCUAGUGGCCACAAAUGACAAAGAUAAACUAGAAAUAAUAGAACCAGAAACCCAGGGGAGAUUCCAGCUCUUGGGGGAUGUCCAGAAAAAGAACUGUUCCUUGAUGAUCAACGAUGUGCAGCAGAGAGACUCCUCGGUCUAUUCCUUCCGAGUGGAGAAAGGACUUGAGAAAUUCAGUUUUCGGGAUGGAUUCUUUCUGCUAGUGGAAGCCCUGACUCACAAGCCAGAUGUCUUCAUUCCUGAGAUCCUGGAGCCUGGGCAGCCAGCCACAGCUGUCUGCUUGUUUCACUGGGCCUUUGAGCAAUGCCCAGUUCCUUCUUUCUCCUGGAUGGGGGCUGCCAUCUCCUCCCAAGAAACCAGACCACACACCUCCCCUUACUCGGUGCUCAGCUUUACUCCAGGACCUCAGCACCAUGACACUGAGCUCAUAUGUCAGGUGGACUUGCCUAGAAAGAGCCUGCAGAGGACAGUCCAACUAAGCGUGGCCUAUGCCCCAAGAGAUAUUGCUAUCAGCAUUUUCCGUGACAAUGUGUCAGGUACGAGGUUGCAUGGAAAUACCUUACAUCUGGAAGUUCAGCAAGGCCAGUCUCUGCGCCUCCUCUGUGAUGCCGACAGCCAUCCUCCUGCCACACUGAGUUGGAGCCUGGAGGACCGAAUCCUCUCUCGGUCCAGCCCUGUGGACUCCAGAACCCUGGGCCUGGAGCUUCCCCGAGUGAAAGUUGGGGACUCUGGACACUACACCUGCCAAGCAGAGAACAGGCGGGGUUCCCAGAGACACACCCUGGAGAUCUCUGUGCUAUAUCCCCCAGAGGACCUGAGAGUGACUGCUUCCCAAGCAAACGGGACAGUAUUGGAAAUCCUCAGGAAUGGCACCUCCCUCCCGGUCCUGGAGGGCCAAAGCCUGUGUCUAGUCUGUGUCACCCAUAGCAACCCCCCAGCCAGUCUGAGCUGGACCUGGGUGGCACAGACUCUGAUCCCGGCCCAGUCGUCAGAGCCUGGGAAGCUGGAGCUGCCUCUGGUCCAGAAGGAACAUGAAGGAGAAUUCACCUGUGCUGCACAGAACCCACUGGGUGCUCAGCACAUCUCUCUGAGCCUCUCUGUGCACUCCCCCCCACAGAUGCCCAGAUCAUCCUGCUCCUGGGAAGCGGAGGGUCUCCACUGCAGCUGCUCCUCCAGAGCCUGGCCCGCCCCCUCGCUGCGCUGGCGACUGGGGGAGGGGCUGCUGGAGGGGAAUGGCAGCAAUGGCUCCUUCCAGGUCACCUCCAGCUCCACAGGGCCAUGGGCCAACAGUUCCCUGAGCCUCCAUGGGGUGCUCUGGCCCAGCCUCUCGCUCAGCUGUGAGGCCUGGAACACCCAUGGGGCCCGGAGUGCCUCUGUUCUGCUACUGCCUGGUAAGGAGAGUCCCACGGCCUUCUCCAAGGGAGCACUCUUGGGCUUUGGCGUUGCAGCUCUCAUUGCCCUCAGCCUCAUUAUGAUCAUCGUGAAGACCCGACAGAAGAAAGGAACACAAGAGGAAACCUCAAGACCCAAGAUCUCCCGGGGCAGCACAAUCCUGGAUUACAUCAACGUGGUCCCCAAGCCCAGGUCCCUGGCUCAGAAUCGGAAGGCCAAACCCGGCACCCCUCCCAGGAUCCCGUCCCAGGACACUCACUCCCCUGAGUCAAAGAAGGGACAGAAGGAGCCACCGUUCACUUCUCCUGGCUGCCCGGACCCCACGUCAUCCUCUGAUGCCCCGGUCUCUGAGAAUAACCCGGAAGAACUCCAUUAUGCUGCUCUCAACUUCCCCCGCCUUAGACUGUGGGAGACCCAGAAUCCCCAAGACACCGAUUAUGCCGAAGUCAGGUUCCACUGA